AUGGCAGCACAGUCGAAAUUGAGGUUAUUGCCUCCUGAUCGAACGAUCAAAGGCAUCGUAUCGGACCUCACCAGCCUGUAUCUCAAGCACCGAACGAACAUCUCCCGAACAGUCUACCUCACCCUCUUCUUCGCGCUCCUCAAUCGUAUACGAUCCGCAAUCUCAGAACAGAAAGCUGCAGCGGAGAGGCAGAGGGCAGUGAGGAGUCGAGCGGCGACUACUUUGGGGAAAGGCGAUGCACCGAAGAGGCAGAAGGUUGAGCUCAACCGGGAGUUCUUCAAGAAUCUAUUCCGGCUAUUGAGAAUAUGUAUACCUGGAUGGAGGAGUAAGGAGUUAAGGCUGCUGGUUACGCAUAGCAUAUUCCUGGUUAUAAGGACGUUAAUAAGCUUGAAGGUGGCUGCGAUGGAUGGCGCAUUGGUCUCAAGUCUUGUAAGGGGAAAGGGGAGAGACUUUUUGGUUGGAAUUGUUUGGUGGAUGCUAAUUGCUAUCCCGGCUACUUUCACGAACUCAAUGUUGUCCUACCAUCAAUGCAAACUCUCCCUCCAAUACCGGACGCGAUUGACGAAUUACAUACACGAGAAGUAUCUGUCGAAUAUGACGUUCUACUCUUUAUCGGCGCUGGACGAUCGAAUAAAGAACGCAGACCAGUUGAUUACCGUGGAUGUUUCCAAAUUUGCGAACAGUUUGGCGGAAUUAUAUGGGAAUUUAGCGAAGCCCACGCUUGACAUGUUGAUCUAUAACUACUCGCUAUCAAAAAGUGUUGGUGGAGAAGGACUUUUCUUCAUGUCAUUACUUGUACAAUUAUCAGCAAGCGUCAUGCGCGCCCUGACACCGCCGUUCGGCAAAUACGUCGCGGACGAAGCACGAUUAGAGGGAGAGUUCCGGUUUGAACACUCUAGGGUGAUAGAUUACAGCGAAGAGAUAGCACUCUAUCAUGGCCAUGAAGCCGAGAAAGAUACUUUAGACAAGGGAUAUUUCACUCUUAUUAAACAUGUCAAUUAUAUAUUGCGCCGACGUUUUACCCAUGGGAUUAUGGAGGAUUUCAUUAUAAAGUAUGUCUGGGGCGCAAUGGGACUGAUUCUGUGUAGUGUUCCCGUAUUCUUCAAGAUCCCAGGAGCAUCGGCAGCGACCAUGGGAGAUAGAACAGAGAGUUUCGUCACGAAUCGAAGAAUGCUUCUUUCUAGCUCUGAUGCAUUCGGACGCGUAAUGUUCUCUUACAAAGAGAUCACAGAGUUGGCAGGAUACACGUCGCGAGUAGCAACUCUUUUAGAUGUCAUGGACGACAUCAAAGCCGGCCGAUUCCAGAAAACGCUUGUUCAAGACGACGAAUCAGGCGAGCAACUUGAGGUGAUGAGUGGCCGUGGGAAGGUCAUUGAGAGUGAAGAUAUCGAAUUCAUCAAUGUUCCUAUCGUCACACCAGGUGGCAGCAUUCUUGUCAAGGAAUUAUCCUUUUCAAUGAAGCGAGGCGAUCACGUUCUCGUCGUUGGCCCGAAUGGUUGCGGCAAAUCGUCGCUCUUCCGAAUAUUAGGUGGACUUUGGCCCGUAUACGGAGGCACUGUUCGAAAGCCCUCGCUAUCGCAAGUCUUUUACGUGCCACAGCGACCAUACCUCAGCUCUGGAUCGUUAAGACAGCAAAUUAUUUAUCCUGAUUCUCUUCGCACGAUGCGCAGUAAAGGCAUAACAGAUGCAGAUCUACUCGAGAUUCUAUCAAUCCUUGAUCUUGAUCACCUUGUUAAAUCGUUCCCCGAGGGUUGGGAUGCAGAAGCAGAAUGGCGAGAUGUUCUUUCCGGCGGUCUUCAGCAACGAGUCGCGAUGGCUCGAUUAUUCUAUAACCGUCCGAAGUACGCCAUUCUCGACGAAUGUACGUCAAGUGUGACUCUCGAAAUGGAAAAGAUCAUGUACGAUCACGCGAAAGCGCUUAACAUUACCCUCAUGACCGUUAGUCACCGGCGCAGUUUGUGGAAGUACCAUAGCAUGAUCCUACAGUUCGAUGGACAAGGGAAAUACAUAUUUACAAAACUGGACGCUGACAAGCGACUUACAUUAGAGGAUGAAAAGGAAGAGAUAGACCUUCAGCUCAGACAGGUACCAGAAAUCGAACGGAGGAUAGCUGAGCUUUCUGCAGCUGCAGCUUGA